UGACCCGGAAGGUAAAGCUUUGACCCCUAAACUGCGAACCAAUGAGGUGGUUGUUGUUGAAGUGCCGGUGGAAAGAGCUUGUGUCAGAAGGUGGCUAUGAGCGGCAGGAGGAAGGGGAAACCGAACCGUGGAGGGGGGCGGUUCAACAAGUCCGGCGGCGGGGGCGCCCGGGGCGGCGGGGGCACCAGGAAGGGGGCGGACAGCGCCUGGGAUGACGGAGAUGACUUCGUCCUUUUUUCUGGACCAAGCCGCCCAGCAAGAGGCAGGGCUGGCGGUGGUCGAGGAGGCGGCGGUGGUCGAGGAGGCGGCAGUGGUCGAGGAGGUGGCAGUGGUCGGGGUGGGAGCAGUGGUCGGGGUGGGGGUGGGGCCAGUGGCAGUAGCUUUGGCAGGGGCAGGGCAAACAGGAGGUCCGUGCCAGACCAGCCCAGACCUAGACCCGAAGUCGGCAGCAGGCCCAGAGCAAAGCCUGAUCUGCCCCAGAUGCCCAUGCAGACGAUUCACAUGACCUCGGAGAACCAGGCCAGGGUGAAAGAGCUGCUGCGCGAACUGCAGUCACAAGACUUUGAAGAGCCUGACGUAGACUCAGAGACCGAGGAGGAGGAGGAGGAGGAGUAUGAUGAUCUGGACUAUCGUGAGGAAGGUCAGUUCUGGAGCACCACAGAUGAUCCCGUAGGGUCUUCCCAGGAGAUCUCCUUGUUUGAGCCCGACUCUGAGGAAGAACUCCAGGUGGCUGAAGCUCCAGUCUCUCUGUUUGCCAUUGGAAGGCUGUGCAGGUAUGGGUUCGACCGCGGACGCAGCAGGCUGACCUUGGAGGCGUGCGGAGGGGAGGUCGGGGCCUCCCUGGAGCUCCUGCUGGGGCAGGUGACCACGGAGAAAUACGGGGAGGGAGCCAGAGGCGCGAAGGGGGCCGGGGGCGUCUCGGCGGAGGACUGCCUGGCGCAGCGGCGGGAGGAGGCCCUGGCCCUGGCCUCCAUAUUCGGCGAGCGGUUCACCGAGAGGAUCCGCGACAGGGUCUGGACGGUGGCCCUGGAGCCGUACUUCCUCGCGUGGGCCGGCGGCGACUGCCCGGACCAGACGUCGGCCAAAGCCAGCGGCCCGGUCCUGCUGAAGGACGUGUGCCGCUUCUACCUGAAAGGGGCGGGGUGCCGCUUCGGCCACAAGUGCCGAUUUAAGCACCAGCUUCCGACGGAGCCCGGCGGCGCCAAGAAGCCAGUGGGCCCAAGCCAGCCGGGCAUCGACAGCUACUCUCCCCCCGAGUACGAACUUGAGAUACGCUUCCCCGCGGGCCACCUCUAUCCUUUCCAGGCUCCGGUCGUGGCCUUCAGCACGAACGACGAGAAAGUGUCACCCGCAGGCCGCCUGCAUGUGUCCGAGUACCUCUUUGGGGAGGCGCUGGUGGCGGCGGAGAGCGGGGAGCCUGUGGUGUACACCCUGGUGACCUGCUGCGAGGACGAGGCCAAGAUGAAGGAGCUGCUCGCCAACAGCCACCACAAGUACAGCGCGCCCUCUCCCGUAGUGUCUGCGGCUCCUCCCGCCAAAAGCAGAAGUGCCAGGAGCUCUGCGCCCAGCCUGGACCUGCUCGCCAACAGCAUCAGCAAGCACUUGGAAAUGAAGGACCCGGACCCCGAGAAGGAGCACGUGGAGCUGGAGCUGGAGGAGGAGGGGGAGGAGGAGGAGACCCCGGUGGUCCCGGUGGAGAACGACAGCUAUGUCAACUUCAGGAAGCUCGCCAGGAGGCACGAGUGGAAACCCGAGUCCACGCAGCAGGAAAACGCCAAGCUCUGCAGGCAGUUCAGGAGCAAGCAGAACUCCAGGCGCUUUCUCUCCAUGUUACAGCAGAGGCAGAAGCUUCCAGCCUGGCAGGAGAGAGAAAACAUCUUACAUCUUCUGAAUGAAUGUCAAGUGCUGGUUGUGAGUGGGAUGACUGGAUGUGGGAAAACGACUCAGAUUCCUCAGUUCAUCCUGGAUGCAUCUCUGAAAGGCCCCGCCGGCAAAGUAGCCAACAUCAUCUGUACCCAGCCCCGCCGCAUCUCCGCGAUCUCGGUCGCCGAGCGGGUGGCCCAGGAGAGGGCAGAGAGGCUGGGACUCACCGUGGGCUACCAGAUCCGACUGGAGAGCGUCAAGUCCUCGGCCACCAGGCUGCUGUACUGCACGACGGGGGUCCUGCUGAGGAGGCUGGAGGGGGAGGCCGACCUGCGGGGCGUCACUCACGUCAUCGUGGACGAGGUGCACGAGCGCACGGAGGAGAGCGACUUCCUCCUGCUCGUCUUGAAAGACCUGAUGAUCCAGCGGCCGGACCUGAAGAUUAUCCUGAUGAGCGCCACACUCAACGCCGAGCUCUUCUCCCAGUACUUCUACAACUGUCCUACCAUCAACAUUCCAGGACGUACCUUCCCCGUUGACCAGUUUUUCCUGGAAGAUGCCAUUGCCAAAACAAGGUUCGUCCUGGAGGACGGCAGCCCCUACGCGCGCUCCGGGAAGCAGGCCGGCCAGCCGGGCAGGGGGAGCAGCCGGCGCCAGCCCGUGGAGCAGCCGGAGGAGGACACGUGGUCCUUCACGCACUUCCAGAAGCCGGACUUCGUCAAGGACUCCAUUCCCGACCAGCAGCUCACCCUGCAGCAGCUCUCUGUGCGGUUCAAAGAUGUUCAGAAGUCUGUUCUUAAAACCAUCGUCAGCAUGGAUCUGGACAAAAUUAACAUGGAUUUGAUCGAAAGCAUACUUGAAUGGAUAGUGGAUGGAAAGCAUAAUUAUCCACCAGGUGCUGUCCUUGUAUUUCUACCAGGACUGGCAGAAAUUAAGAUGCUGUACGAACAACUGCAGUCCAACCGCCUUUUUAAUAAUAGGAAUAAGAAGAGGUGCGUUGUAUACCCACUCCACUCCUCUCUUUCCAACGAAGAGCAACAGGCCGUCUUUAACCGGCCCCAGGAGGGCGUGACCAAGAUCAUCAUCUCCACCAACAUCGCGGAGACUUCCGUCACCAUCGACGACAUUGUCUACGUGGUGGACUCGGGGAAGAUGAAGGAGAAGAGGUACGACGCCAGCAAGAGCAUGGAGAGCCUGGAGGACUCGUGGGUGUCGCGGGCGAACGCCCUGCAGCGGAAAGGGAGGGCGGGGCGCGUGGCGUCGGGGGUGUGCUUCCACCUCUUCACCAGCCACUGCUUCCACCACCAGCUGGCCGAGCAGCAGCUGCCGGAGAUCCAGAGGGUGCCUCUGGAGCAGCUGUGCCUCAGGAUCAAAAUUCUGGACUUGUUCGCGGAGCGCAUGCUGGAGUCGGUCUUCUCCCAGCUGAUCGAACCCCCGGCGGCCGGCAGCCUCGAAGCGGCCAAGCAGCGGCUCCAGGACUUGGGGGCCCUGACCCUGGAUGAGAAGCUGACACCCCUGGGGUACCAUCUGGCCUGCCUGCCUGUGGAUGUCAGGAUCGGGAAACUGAUGCUGUUCGGUGCAAUAUUCCGCUGCCUGGACCCAGCGCUGACCAUCGCUGCCAGCCUGGCCUUCAAAUCCCCUUUCGUCUCUCCCUGGGAUAAACGGGAGGAAGCCAAUGUGAAGAAGCUGGAGUUCGCCUUAGCCAACAGUGACCAUCUGGCUCUUUUGCAGGCGUACAAGGUACAUUUCCUCCCAUUUCAAGGGGUCCAGUGCAGUGAAGCUUGUUUGCAGGAGAUUGCUAGUCUUAAGAGACAGUUUGCUGAACUGCUGUCAGAUAUCGGGUUUGUGAAAGAGGGCCUGAAUGCCAGGGUGAUUGAGAGGAUGUGUUCCAAAGGAGUAGAUGGUAUUUUGGAAGCCACUGGCUUUGAGGCCAACCUGAAUUCUGAUAACAUCAAGCUGAUGUCAGCUAUGCUCUGUGCUGCCCUUUAUCCCAACGUGGUCCAGGUCAGAGCUCCUCAAGGGAAGUACAAGCUGACCAGCAAAGGUGCCAUGAAGAUGCAGCCCAAAGCCGACGAGCUGAGGUUCAUGACAAAGAACGACGGCUGUGUUCACGUUCACCCCUCCUCCGUCAACUACCAGGUGCGGCACUACGACAGCCCCUACCUGGUGUACCACGAGAAGGUGAAGACGAGCCGCGUGUUCAUCCGGGACUGCAGCAUGGUGUCCGUCUACCCGCUGGUGCUGUUUGGGGGCGGGCAGGUCAACGUGGAGCUGCAGAGGGGGGAGUUCGUCAUCUCCCUGGACGACGGCUGGAUCCGCUUUGCUGCUGCUUCACACAUGGUUGCCGAACUAGUGAAAGAACUUCGCUGGGAACUGGAUCAGCUCUUAGAGGAUAAAAUCAAGAACCCCAGCAUGGACCUGUGCAGCUGUCCCCGCGGCUCCAGGAUCAUCGCCAUGAUCGUGAAGCUCAUCUCCACCCAGUAAUCACACCCCCCACAGCCACCUAAUGCAGACACAACUGCUUUCAACGAAUGUAAAGCACCAUCAAGAACUUAAACAUCCAUAUACUGUACCUUUUAGAAAUGCCAUUGAGAACUCUACAUUUGUAUUGUUGUAAACUGGAUAUUUCCAAGUGUUUCUAUAGCGGAAGAAUUCUGGAUAUUGUAGAGCUCAGAGCAGGGUUCUUUGCUGCAAGCAGAGCAGUUGAGAUGACAAGCCAUCUGUAUUGCAUUUUCUAAAAUUCUUCAGACUAAUCCCAAAUCCACCCAGUUGAUGUGGUUUUAACCAGCCAACCACGAAUUCAGAAAGCCAGACAUGUUGGGGAAAAGGGUUCUCUCUACAGCACUUUUUAAAGUUGUGUGAAAUGCCACACAAAUCACAAAAGGCUUUUUGAGUCCAUAUUGGAUGUUUUCUUUUGGAAAAUCAGAGGUGACAGUUUAUAUUUAUCUAUAUAAAUGUCAGGCCAACUUUCAGAAGUCGAAUUAUACCAGGCAGGGCUUCGUUGUUUUUUCUAGUAUUGUGUGACUGAAGGGUCAACUAGACAGGCACUCUAUGAUUUAGUUGGUUAAAAAAUGCAAAUUAUGGAAAUAAAAGGGCUCUUUAAACAUUACUGUUUUUUGCGCUACUGUCAAAGGAUAUUUAAAAUACAAUUUUGUUCACAGUUAUGAAUCAAAUUAAAAACCCUCAUUUCAUCAGUUAA